AUGCACAUAAAAACGCAGCAACAUAAUGGAAGAUCACGAAAUAGACUCUUCUCCUCAAUACUGAUCUUUCUUUCUCCUUCACUCAAAAACUUCGUGGAAACAGAAGUGGCCAAUGAUUUGUUUCCGUUGAUAAGGAUUUACAAGGAUGGCCGAGUGGAGAGACUCAUGGGCACAGCUACUGUCUCCCCGUCGCUCGAUGAGAAAACCGGCGUCCAAUCGAAAGACGUCGCCAUUCCACCGGGCUCCAUCGUGUCGGCGAGACUUUACAUCCCUAAGGCGGUGGUCGGCUCUCCCCAAAAGCUCCCAGUCCUCGUGUACUUUCAUGGGGGAGGCUUCAUAAUUGAAACGGCAUGGUCGCCGACUUACCACAACUAUCUCAAUGCCCUCGUUGCGGAGGCCAACAUCAUUGCCAUCUCCGUCGAAUAUAGAAGGGCACGGGAGCAUCCUCUUCCGACAGCUUUACAAUUCAAUGAUCAUGUUGUAAAUGCCACGUAA